CAGGACAAAACGGUACGUGAGGGGCGUGGUUAUCUUAACUGGUUCCGGUUUGAUAACGCAGCAGGAACAUUACGUAUCAAUAAAACAGUAAUUAUUUACACUGGAGAGCUGAAACAACCCGCGAAAGGUUUUCCACCCACUGACCAGGGGGCUAAGAUGACGUCGUCGGUGGCCAACAGAGCAAUAGGAGCCAUUGUUGGAUCAGCUGUUGCAGAUGCUGCAGCUCAGCCUCUCCACUGGGUGUAUGAUCUCCAGAAACUGAAGGGGAUCUUGGCUCAGGAUCCGAACCCGGAGUUCCGCUCCGAGUCGGCCAAUCCCUUCUAUCGGAGGCAGACGGGCCAGCAGAGCUGCUACGGAGACCAGGCUUAUGUGCUGCUGGAGUCCCUUUCAGAGUGUGGAGGUCUGAAUGUUGAUGAUCUGAAGCAGCGGACUCUGAAAUUCUUUGGGCCAGGGUCAGAGUAUGACACGCCGGUCAAUGAUCCGUACCGAGACCGGAAUGGCCCCAGACCUCAGCUGCCUAUUGAAGGACCAUGGAGACAAGCGAGCUUGAAGAGUUUCUUGAAGAACGUCGAUGCGGGCAAAGAGGAGACGGGCUGUGAGAUGGACUGUCAGAUUGACGGCAUAGCCAAGCUGGCUCCUAUAGUGGCUUUUUACGCCGGACACCCGGACAUGCUGGAAAAGGUUGAACAGGCCAUCCGAGUCACCCAGAACAACGACGAAUGUGUCGCCGAAACUCUGGCGGCCGCAAGGUUUCUGGAGCGUUUCAUCCUGACUGGUCCAGACCCAAAAGCUUUGGAUGUGGUGCUAAAUCAGCUCAGUGACCCCAGCAGAAAGCAGCCGCAGGACUUGGACAAAGCAGUGAUUGGGCACAUUCAUCAAGUGAAGGAGAAUUUGUCGAAGCCUCCACAGGAGCUGAUCCCCGCUGUGUUUCCCAACACAUGAGGUUUGCCAGGUGCAUUCCAGGCAGCGAUGCACGGCGUCCUGACAGCCACACGGUUUGAGACGGCCGUCAGAGACACCAUGAGCUGUGGAGGGUGCACCUGCAGCAGAGCCUCCUUCAUCGGAGCAUGCGUUGGAGCCCAGAUCGGGCUUGAAGGAAUCCCGGCGUCGUGGCUCAGCAGAACCUCACGAUCCGCCGCCGUGCUGGAGCACGCCAAGAAGGUCACCGGCCACCACCUGUAAGACCGCGGUCCGCAGCGUGAGGUGGACGAGAGCGACGUGAAAAACUGUUGGGCUUUUGCAGAGCUGCUAAUGAAGGCUUUUGUCUAAACUUAGGUGUGACAGGAGCCAGAUGUUUUUGUCUCUGUAAAAGUUAAACACGUUGGGUUCAGAUGUACCGGAAAAGAGUUUCAUUUUUCUUCACGUAUUAAUUUAAAACUUGAUCAGGAGCUGUGUCUAUUAUUGUUGACAAUAACUCUUGUGUAGACCCCCAUUCAGUUUUUUUGGUUUUCUUUACAUCUUUGAUUUAAGCACAUGUAACCAGACUGAUUAAAUAUAAUUGUCAUUAAUUAAAGCUUAUUAAUCCCAAUUAAUUCUUGCUUUAGGUUAUUAUGUGUAGCCCAAAUAAAUAAAACUGCGACUACUUAAAUCAUCAGGGUAACAGAAAAAACCCACUGCAGAUCUACAGUAAAACGACACAGCUUGCUGAGGCUUUAAUGAACGACCUUUGAUGAUUUUAGCUGCAGAAAUGAGCUUUUAAGUUGUUUUCUUGAUGGAGGUUUCAGCUUCAGUAAUUGAUAAUAGUCCAAGUUCUUUCCAAAUAAAAGCAAAUCUGUUUUAAAUCCUUUCUGUGCAUUUUUGAAACAUAUUUUUGUCUGUUAGAUUUUGCUGUAAUAGAGAAGUUUUUGUGUGAAUUUUCUAAUACUUUAUUAUAGAGACAUGGUUAAAAUGUCUGCUAACAGACUUUCUGCUGCAAAUCUGUUAACAAUCUUUGUCAUCACUAGACAUAACAUUUCACAUAAUCAAAAGUCAUAGAAAUAAAUGCUGUAA